AUGAUGAUGAUGAUGACCUUAGAAGGUAGAUCAGAAGAUCAUAUUUUAGAACGAGCUUUGACAGAAAAGUUGCACAAGUCUCAAGAUUUGGAAGUUCCAACAAAAGGAUGGAACGACGUUAUAGGAAAUCAUGCUUCAACAAUGCGAAAAUUUCCUUUGGAAACAGAAUCAUUUACUGAUGCAUUUAAAGACCAAAAUAUCUGA